GCUUCUAAACUGAAGCUCUCUUUAAAUACGACAUAUAGAAAUCUGCAUUGAAUACAUUGCUGUGUUUCCAUCACAGUUUGUUUUACUGCAUUUAGUUAUCCAAGAAAGAGAAAUCUGGUUUGUUUAACUGAGUAGUUGUACUGAGAAAGUUUUACAUGUCGACAUCACUCGCAACAGCCCUUCAAGAAUGGAAGGUUCAGGAGAAAGAAUUACAGCAGCUUCAGGAGACCCAUCGGCUUUACCUGCAGAAGUUAGAGGAAGUCUCCAAACUUCAAAAAAGCUUUGCUGCCUCCAUAUCUCGCCAGAAAAAGAAUUUAAAGGACAAUUUAAAAUCUUUGACUAAAUUUGAUAAAGGACUGACUGAAGAGGAGAAGAAUGAGGUGAAGGAGGUCAAAGGUCACAUUCAAAAUAUGCCAAGCCUAAUCUUUCAAAUGGAAGAAUUUAUUCCAAAGAAAAAUGGGCUUUAUCUCAGCCUUGUCCUUGGGAGUGUGAAUGUCAACCUUCCAAGCAAAGAGGCAAAAGCUGAAUACAAAGAUGAGUAUGAAAGGUUCAAGCUGUAUGUGACCGUGAUUCUGUUCCUGCUGACCUUCAUAUGUCGCUUCUUCAUCAGCUACAGAGUUUUCGAUGCCCUUCUUAACUUCCUGUUGGUUUGGUACUAUUGCACCCUGACAAUCCGUGAAAGCGUCCUCAUCAGCAAUGGAUCCAGGAUUAAAGGCUGGUGGGUUUUCCACCACUACAUUUCCACCUUUCUGUCUGGGGUCAUGCUAACCUGGCCAGAUGGUGAAACAUACCAGUCUUUCAGGAACCAAUUUCUGGCCUAUUGUUUGUAUCAAAGCUUUGUGCAGUGUCUUCAGUACUACUAUCAAAGUGGGUGUCUCUACAGGCUAAAAGCACUAGGGGAACGACACAACUUGGAUUUGACUGUUGAGGGAUUUCAGUCGUGGAUGUGGCGGGGACUAACAUUUCUUCUCCCCUUUCUCUUCCUGGGUCAUUUCUGGCAGCUUUGGAACAGUAUUUCACUGUUCAGAAUGGUUCAGCUCCCUGAAUGUAAAGAAUGGCAGGCUUCCAUGUGUGGCUUCUGCUUUCUGGUUCUGUUUGCGGGAAAUUUUUUCACAACACUUGCAGUUGUUCGUCACAAACGCCAAACCCAGCAAAAUACCAAGAGUCUGUGAUUUUUUAAAAGCUUUCG